AUGUCACACGUCACCCAUUCGCGUUUCACCCGGGCGGCACGUCCUCCAGCACCUCAGACGAAGCUGCCCAAGAGCCACGGCAGCGGCGCGGCAAUGAUGUCUCAUCCACUCACACCUUAUCCAUUCUCACACCACACAUCACCAUCACACCUAUGUAAACCCAAUCGCAUCACAAACCUAGGCGGCACGGCCUCCAGCACCUCCGACGGAGCUGCCCGAAAGAGCGGCGGGGCGAAUGGAAACAACAACAGCAACGCCUUCGACAGGCUGGCCCCCGCAGUCUCCGUGGGGGGUGACCCGCUCGACGGAGCCCACUCUCAGGCCGCCGACGGCGGUGGCGGAGGUUACUCGUACAAUCUGGAGAACGGUCCCGAGGGGGGGGAAGACUUGGUGGAACACAAGUAUGGAGAGACGGGGCUUGCGGCCGAGGGCUUCGUGGACGGCGUGGAAGGCGCCUACAGCGAUUUCGACGGCAACCAGAGCGCGUACAGCGACUCGGUCGUUCCGGGGGGCGACACCAACGACGGCGCCAUGUCGGAGAGAUAUUCUGCCAAGUACUAUGAGGACGGCGAUAUGUCUGACUGGGGAGGCACAGACCUUACUGGCGCGGCCAUGGGCGGCAGCAUCUUGGGGCCGGAGUUCCCCCUCCGCAAGGGCAUGGUCGGCGGGGGGGGUCCCUCUUCGCGCUUCUCCGCCGGCCCGCGUUCACAGGCGUCUUUCGCAGCCAACUCGGUGGCGGCAUCCGGCCGUUCGAUCCAGAGCUCGGUGACCACAGGCGGGGCCUCCUCGAGGUCAAACUUCCCGCCUAGGGGGGGCACGAGCCCGCCGUAUAGCCUGGGCGGCGGGGCGUCUCCCUUGAGGGGGUUGGCGAGGGUCGGGGUCGGGGGCGGGUUGUCUAAUGGGAUUAAGAUCGAGGAGGUGACGAGCGGGGGGGGGGCUCUGGAUGUGG